UUACAGGCCCUGUUAGAAGAAGUUGAUAUCGCCAUCCGCUUCAUGAUGAAAUCGUUCAUCGUACUGGUCGCAGUGAUCGCCGUCGUUCAUGGCAACUCUCUGAUUUGCCGCAACUACCGAUCAGGGGCCCUGGUUCCCAAUCCGGAGAACUGUGCCGAAUUUUUCAUGUGCCGUCCGGGUCGUGCCGUCCAGUUCACCUGCCCACAGAAUACGAAGUUCAAUGCGGCGAUCCAAGCCUGUGACCCUACCAACGUCGUCCGCUGCAAACCUGGCAGACUCCCGCUAGACAUUGAGUACACUCCCAUCCUAGCACUUCCCUCGGUCAUCGAGCACACCAAUACGGCCUGUAUCGGAAAGCAGAUUGCUACCCUGCUGGCCAAUCCACGUUCAUGCAGUAGCUUCUACCAGUGUUCACCGACCGGAGUGAUUGCCUUCGAUUGCCCAGUUGGAACCCUGUUCGAUGCCAACCGAAAGUACUGCGAACGCAAUGACAUCGCUUCUUGCCUGAACGCCCCAGUGGUGCCGCCGAACUUCCCGGAAAUUCCAGUCAUGCCUCAGCUUCCAGCUCUCCCGCCGAUAGUAGUUGAGGAUCACAUCCUGAAACGGUGCGAUGGACAACGACAAGGCACCCAGAUUCGGCAUCCAUUCAACUGUAACCAGUACGUUCAGUGCAGCACCGAGGGUCGCUCGAAGGUCUUCACCUGUCCGCAGGGAACGGCCUUCGACGAGGCUCGCGCCACGUGUGACUGGGAACGAAAUGUGAAGUGUUAGGUGCGGUUAAUUGAGAUGUGUG